AAUAGUCCAUCUCUCAAGAAUAAUCCCUCAUCAUUGGCGGUGAAUUAAUUUGAUGUAGGGAAUGUAAAGUAAGCCACAUAAUAUUAGGCCAGUGACCAGUGCGCUCUCUCCGUCUCCGACACCUCCCGCCUCCGUCUUGACUGCGGCUCAGUGACCACUGCGGCCGCGCAGCGGUUCAGGCCUAUCACUCAGGCAACAGCUCCGAUUCCUCCUCUUGUUCUAGAGGUGAGGGAUAACAUCAUAACUCUGAUUCUAUCAAAGCUUGAAAAGCAGAAGGGAAUAGAAGUAAGGGUUCAGACAUGAUCAAAGCUUGUAUUUCUCCUCCAUUUUUACAUCACAUUCAUCCUUUAACUUCUCCCAGAUUGACUGUUAAAAUGUCUGCGCUUGGCUCAAGUGGUAAUAUUGGAAGAGCUGCUGAGUCUCUGGCACUGAAGCCACCUGCCCAUCCCACAUAUGAUUUGAAGGGUGUUAUUCAACUUGCCCUUUCAGAAGAUGCUGGGGAUAGAGGAGAUGUGACUUGUAAAGCAACUAUUCCGACUGAUAUGGAAGCGGAAGCUCACUUUCUGGCAAAGGAAGAUGGGAUCAUAGCAGGGAUUGCACUUGCUGAAAUGGUGUUCCGUGAAGUUGAUCCUGCAUUGCAGGUGGUCUGGUCUAGAAAGGAUGGUGAUGAAGUAAAUAAAGGUCUACAAUUCGGCAAAGUACACGGAAAAGCUUAUAGCAUCAUCGUUGCUGAACGGGUUGCACUCAAUUUUAUGCAGAGAAUGAGUGGAAUUGCUACACUCACUAAGGCAAUGGCAGAUGCUGCCCGCCCUGCCUAUAUCUUGGAGACAAGAAAAACUGCUCCUUGUUUGCGUUUAAUUGAUAAGUGGGCGGUAUUAAUUGGUGGUGGACAAAAUCACAGAAUGGGUUUGUUUGAUAUGGUGAUGAUAAAAGACAAUCAUAUAUCUGCAACGGGAGGCAUUGGCGAAGCUUUAAAAUCCGUGGACCAAUAUCUUCACCAAAAUAACCUUCAAAUGGGGGUUGAGAUUGAAACCAGAACACUUGAGGAAGUACACGAGGUGUUACAAUACGCAUCCAAAACAACAAAAACAUCGUUGAGUAGAUUAAUGUUAGACAAUAUGGUUGUCCCACUUCCUAACGGGGGUGUUGAUGUGUCGAUGCUCAAGGAGGCUGUGGGUUUGAUCAAUGGGAGAUUUGAGACUGAGGCUUCUGGAAAUGUGACGCUUGAGACGGUGCAUCAGAUUGGGCAAACUGGCGUCACUUACAUAUCCAGUGGCGCGCUGACGCACUCCGUGAAGGCGCUCGACAUCUCCUUGAAGAUUGACACGGAGCUCGCCCUCAGAGUUGGAAGGCGAACGAAGCGAGCGUGAUUCUGGGGACUCUCAUUGCCCUUCAGCAUUGGUACAAUAAGGUGACAAUAAUAAAAGGAAACAACUGAAAAUGUUGAAAAAAUAAUACAAAUAAGUUUCUUUUUUUAUUUUUAUUUUGAUAAACAAAUUCAAAUAAGAAUUGAUGACCCAGACAAAUAGACAAUGCAGCAUGGAAUGAUAAUUAUGUCCGAGAGAUAUGCAACAAAUGUAACAGCAAUAUUUCUAUCUUUAAUUGGCCCUAUGCUGUUUGAAAACCCAUACCUGUACCGUACCAAAAGUACCAUACCGGAAAAUAAAAUUAGAUUAGAGUA